UCUGCUACUGGUAGGUAUAUAAACUCAGUCAUUUGACUGGGUAAGGCACAUUCAGUUACCAUCAGUUUUCUGACUCCAACCAACAUGAAAGCCGUUCUAGUUUUCGCUUGCUUUGCCGCCGUUGUUGCUAUCGCUGCUUGCUGCGAUCCCGAUAGCGACAAUAAGCCAACAGUUUGCCCAAAAGACAACACAUUAGUCCGCAACUUCUUUGACCCAACUGCCUACUGGACAUGCGAGAACGGAGUUGUUGUGGGAAAACAAUGUCCAAGCGUAGCAGCACCAGGAGAGAAUUCAGGCAACGUGACACAGGCUUUCAAUGAGGCUACAGGACAGUGCUGUACUUGGUCCGAAUGGAAGUGGACUGAGCCAUGCCCAAAUAAUAAGCCUGCCAAUUAAAAAAAUGUGCAAAAAUAAAUGUAAAAUGAUUAAUCAA